AGUCUUCCCUUCCUCCAACGUUCGUCUUGCCUUUUGGCUUCGUUUCAAUUUUUUCAUCCCAUACUUUCGAGACCCCUAUUUUUGUCAAAAUGGCCGACGAAGUUUACGAAGGUGCCAUCGGCAUCGAUCUUGGAACCACCUACUCCUGUGUGGCCAACUACGAGGGUACCAAUGUAGAGAUCAUUGCCAACGAGCAGGGUAGCUACACUACCCCGUCCUUCGUUUCUUUCACCGACAAGGAACGCUUGAUCGGUGAAGCCGCGAAGAACCAAGCCGCUAUGAACCCGACGAACACGAUCUUUGACAUCAAGCGUCUCAUCGGUCGUCGUUUCGAGGACCCCAUCGUUAAGAAGGACGUUGAGUCAUGGCCUUUCAAGGUCGUUGACCAGGGUGGAAACCCGGUCGUGGAGGUGGAGUACCUGGGUGAAACCAAGACUUUUAGCCCCCAAGAGAUCUCCUCCAUGGUCCUGAUGAAGAUGAAAGAGGUUGCGGAGACCAAGCUGGGUAAGAAGGUUGAGAAGGCCGUGAUCACUGUGCCUGCUUACUUCAACGACAACCAGCGACAGGCCACCAAGGAUGCUGGUGCUAUUGCUGGUCUCAAUGUGCUCCGUAUCAUCAACGAGCCAACGGCUGCUGCCAUUGCCUAUGGCCUUGGCUCUGGCAAAUCUGAUAAGGAACGUAAUGUCCUCAUCUACGAUCUAGGUGGUGGUACUUUCGAUGUGUCUCUCCUCAACAUUCAAGGAGGCGUCUUCACUGUCAAGGCUACUGCUGGAGAUACUCACCUUGGUGGACAAGACUUCGAUACCAACCUCCUGGACCACUUCAAGAAGGAGUUCCAACGUAAGACUGGCAAGGAUCUUUCCGGUGAUGCGAGGGCACUUCGUCGUCUGAGAACCGCCUGUGAGCGUGCCAAGCGUACUUUGUCCAAUGCAACCCAGACAACUGUUGAGAUUGACUCUCUGUUCGAUGGUGAGGACUUCAACUCUUCUGUUACUCGUGCCCGUUUCGAGGACCUCAACGCCAAGUCUUUCUCCGGCACCCUGGAGCCCGUUCAGCAGGUUCUCAAGGAUUCGGGACUUGAGAAGAGCCAGGUCGAUGAAAUCGUGCUUGUUGGUGGUUCAACCCGUAUCCCCCGUAUCCAGAAGCUGCUCAGCGACUUCUUCGACGGCAAGAAGCUCGAGAAGAGCAUCAACCCUGAUGAGGCUGUUGCCUACGGUGCCGCCGUCCAGGCUGGUAUUUUGUCUGGAAAGGCCUCUUCGGCUGAAACCCAGGACCUUCUGCUGCUCGAUGUUGUUCCCUUGUCUCUCGGUGUUGCUAUGGAGGGUAACAUCUUUGCUCCUGUUGUGGCCCGCGGUCAGACCGUUCCCACAAUCAAGAAGCGUACUUUCACCACCGUUGUGGACAACCAGACGACCGUGCAGUUCCCUGUUUACCAGGGUGAGCGUACCAACUGCGCUGACAACACCUCCCUUGGCGAGUUCACCCUCGCCCCUAUCCCGCCCAUGAGAGCUGGAGAGGCUGCCCUAGAGGUUGUCUUCGAGGUCGACGUCAACGGUAUCCUCAAGGUUACUGCGACCGAGAAGUCCUCCGGCCGUAGUGCCAACAUCACCAUCUCCAACGCCGUUGGCAAGCUUUCCACGACUGAAAUUGAGCAGAUGAUCGAUGAUGCCGCGAAGUUCAAGUCUAGCGAUGAGGCUUUCACCAAGAAGUUCGAGUCCCGUCAACAGCUCGAGUCUUAUAUCUCGCGUGUCGAGGAAAUCAUCUCCGACCCCACUAUGUCCCUGAAGCUUAAGCGUGGCAACAAGGAGAAGAUUGAGUCCGCUCUCAGCGAUGCCAUGGCUCAGCUUGAGAUUGAGGAUUCUACUCCCGAGGACCUUAAGAAGAAGGAGCUUGCUCUUAAGAGGCUGAUUACCAAGGCCAUGGCCACCCGGUAAACUAAUCUCUGUCCGCUUAUUUUGGUCCUACGCGCGGCAUCAUAAUUGCCCUUGCCUUAUCAUUAUUUCCCCUUCCAGUUUCUACUAUCGGAUUUGCGCAGAGUGGCCAAUUCUCUUGCUUCGCCUUGGAUUUGAGACCGUUACGUCGUCUACGGAACCCUUUUUAGAUGAGGCGUGUUUAUUCAUGACCGGGUACAAAAUUGCGAAAAGUAUUUCACGAAAUCUAUUUAGAUGAACUCGUUUUUUUUGGCAUU